UCUGUCAAAUGUCGUGUUUGAAAGUGUCAGAAAACAUUUGAGUGAGCGACUAAAAAAAUGGAUUACAAAAAAUCCCCUACAAUUUGAUUAAUCUUGAAAUCUAUUGGACGUGUAAGAGAAUAUAGACUAAAGUGUUUCAUGAGCUACUGUCUGUGUAGUGUUUUAGUUAACUUUUCAGUUCGAGUAUGGAGAUCUCCGGCUCUGGAAAAUCUCCCAACACCUCCCUAUCAUUUAGAUAUAAUGCCAAUAAUGAGGAGUUAGAAGAGUUGUACAAUGUGUGUGAAGAUGAUCCCCCCACGCCGCAGUGUGAUGUGCCUCAGAGUGCACAAGGUGAAAAUGCGAGCCCUAAAAGGGGUGAUAAAACCUCCUCCAUAAUUGACAAGUAUUUUAAGUCGAUCCGUGACAAACCGAUUGAAAAAGAGAAGUUGAUUGAGAAGCCUGUUGAAAAAGCUGAGGAUGCCAAACCAGUGGAAAGUAAGCAAGCAGAGGAAGGAGUUACUGUUAUUCCACCUAAGGAAGUGUCCUCCUCACCCAUGAAGGAGUAUUUCAACCGUUUAGGCAAGAGGAGCUCAUCAGAAGUAGAAGUCAAGGAGAGCAAUGAAACAUGGAAAAUAUUUCAUGACUUCAAAUUCAAAAUAGCUCAAGCUGUUGAGGAUAUGAAGACAAGAUCUCUAGAAGAAACAAAAGAGAAAUCAGUGCCAAGAGAAAAUUCAACAUCAGAUUCUGAGGAAAAUUCAGCUGUAAAGGAUUCAGAUCAACAGAGUGUUGGAGAUACUGACAAUCAGGUAUCAUCAUUAGAUAGCAGCAUUCAAAAUCUGUCAGAAUUAACACAACCACUGACAGCGAAAGCAACUGAAAAGGAGUUCAUCUAUCCUGCAGAGAGCAAGAACCAUUCGGAUUCCAGCGAUGACACACAUAAAAAUAUUGGUAACAGCGACUCCGCUGACGUGUCACGGGAUAUCCUCAAUGACAGCAACAUGAUGGAAGUAGAAUCUGGCGUAGAAGCCUUGGAAGAUACUUUGGAUGGCUUCGGCUAUGUGCCCAACCCUGAAACCAACCCAAGGGACAAUGCCCAGGACAAUAUCCCCCCUACCCCUCCACCCCUCUUGCCUAGCAAUUUCGGAAUGCCUCCUAGCAAAAGCAACUUACACAAAGCUCCAUCAUCAGAAAAACCUAGGGUUUAUUUCUUCACCUUCACCAUGUACUUCCUAACUUUUCUCCUUUUCAUAAACUAUGUCUUGUUCCCAAACGCGAGCAUUUGGAACGGCUUUAUAUUGGGCAUCUGGUUCUACUGUUUGGCAAACGAAACGAAGAGUUGGGUGCUAGACAACUAUUUCAGUGAUACUGAACCCACUAAGGUAGCUUUUCUUCAGCUGAAACGAAGCAGUGCCAUGCCUCCAUCGUACACAAUUCCUUCUGUGAAAGAGCAUAGGCCUUUAAAGAAAUAUGAGGGCUGGAUAAACCAUUAUAGAUUUCCAGAAUAUGAUCCUUACACCUACCAUAUUAAUCAAACAACGACUGCUUUCAUGAAACUUGAAGGUUGUAACUUGAGGAUAUCAUAUACUAGGACAAAGAUCGCAAAGAGAGCUCUAUGGGACGAGAAAAUUGAGAACGUAGUUUUUUACCAGCACAGAUUAUACAACUUGACGGGAGCUCGGAUUCUAUUGCUGCCCAAAGGGCUCGUGAAGAGAAGGCAAUGGAGCAAAAAAUAUCCUAUCUGCAUCGUACUGAACGAAAAAGAGAAAAUACAAGUGUUGGAAAAGGAAAACGUGGAAGCGGAAAGGAAGACAGCGGAGGCUACGAAUAGAAAGAGUAAGGAACAGCCAGAAGUAGAAAGUACAGAGACAAAUACCAGUCCGGAGAAGAAACGCAAGUUCGUGUGGCGGAGGCGGGAGAAGAGCAUUUCCCACUCCGACGGAGAAACAGGUAAAGAAGGUCUUCGACACAGGCUUGUUAGAAAAAUGCAUAGAGACAAAAAGGCCGACAGCACAACAACAUGCACAGAGACCGCCGAAUCUCAGUCCGAGAAGAAUGUACUCGAAGAGAGCUUGUUCCACGAUGCUGAAAUGGACCUGGCCACUAAAUCGGUCACCAGCACCAAGGAUGAUGAUGAAGAAAUCGAUGACAAUGAGCUGUCAAAGAUCAAGGAGUUCCUGGAGGAAGCCGUGAGUAAUAACGGUGUUUCCAAACGCACGGACCGAUCCAAAGCACGCGAGCAAGAAACCGGCGCAGACGGCGCGGUGGAAGGAGAAUGGAGCGUGCACGUCAAACGCACCACGGACAGGCAUUCCCACCUGUACUUAUUCGCUAGGACGGGACGCGAUAAGCACGAGUGGUAUCGUCGCCUAAACACCGCUGUGUCAGAAGCCAACGCAGGGUCCCCGGAUUCUUCAGCAGCCGAAGAGAAGACCAACAGCGACCCGGCUGCGGAAAACAAGGAAGGCAUUGAGAUGGCAGUAUACAAACUUGCUGAGAAGGAGACCGUUGCUUUCGCCAAAACGUUGAACAAGGGCACCGAUUCGAUAACAGAGGGCGUGACCAUCGCGGCGACGUCGCAGAAGAUGCAGGCCGACAUGGAGUCGUACGAGAAAACCUUCUGGCCGUAUCUCAUCAAAAUAUUGCAGCAGGCCAAGUCCCCAUCCACAACGUGUCAAUGCCGCAUGCUGCCGGCUGAAGUCACGUGGGUGAACACGCUGCUAGCUCGCCUCAUGUAUGACGUCAUGCGCGACCCGCUCAUCAUCGCCCGGCUGCAGAACAGGAUACAGAGGAAACUUAAUACGCUAAAGCUGCCAUCCUUCAUGAGUCCUUUAGUCGUCACCGAGCUGUCCCUGAGCGGGGCGUGUCCCCUCGUGGAGCGGGUGGCGGCGCCCGCGUGGGACGAGCGCGGCGUGUGGCUCGACGCGGACCUGCGCUACGACGGCGGCGCCUACAUCGCGCUGCAGACGCAGCUCAACCUCAUGAAGCUGAAGGAGAAGAGUGAGUGUCCCACCAGCUGCCGUCAUGAGUCCCCAGUAGUCCCCGAGCUGUCCCUGAGCGGGGCGUGUCCCCUCGUGGAGCGGGUGGCGGCGCCCGCGUGGGACGAGCGCGGCGUGUGGCUCGACGCGGACCUGCGCUACGACGGCGGCGCCUACAUCGCGCUGCAGACGCAGCUCAACCUCAUGAAGCUGAAGGAGAAGAAUGUAACGUUAGAAGAUCAGUUAUUAUCGUCUGAAAAUCUCAUCGAAAAUGAAAUGAAAACCACCGGCACGGGAGUGUUCACAGAAAAACAGUUACGGAAACGCAAGCCAGCGAUAUACGACUCGGAAGUAGAGGACUCGGCCGAGUCAAGCAGCGACGACGAAAGCCCGCCCGUGCAGCCUGUCGAUAGCACGCAAAAUAUUCUCGUGCCAGAAUCCUCAUCUACCAGUCCUGACCCGGCAGUUUCAUCCAAAAAGAAGUUCCUAAAAAUGGUCGACAAAAUAGCAACGAAUAAAUACUUCCAGCAGGUAACAGACUACAAAUAUGUGAAGCGUGCAAUGGAAGGCCUAUCAAAUACAGAUAUAAAACUGCACUUGGAAAUACACGGGCUCGAAGGAAGGCUCGCGUUCAACCUGCCACCUCCGCCACACGACCGCGUCUGGAUAGGGUUCCGCACAAACCCGCAACUAGUGCUAAAGGCGCGGCCGGCGCUCGGUGCACGGACGCUUCGAUUCGCGCACAUCUCCAACUGGAUCGAGCAGAAGCUCAGCAAGGAGUUCGAGAAGGUUCUCGUGCUGCCCAACAUGGAGGACAUACUGAUUGACGUCAUGACCCCCACGCCUGUGGACUACGAGUAGGAUAUGACUAGGUAUGUAGAUUUUGAUUG